AUGAACAACAUCGGACUUGCUUACAUCAAAAUGAAAAGGUAUGAAGACGCGCUGAGCAUCUUCGAGCCAUGCACAGAGGCGAAGCUGGAUUUUAACAUUGGUCUAAAUUUUAUUGUUUGUGCACAUGCGUUGAACCAUAAGGGCAAGAUGAAAAUCGGCUUUCAGUACCUGCUGGAAAUCCCACCGGAAGUGGACGAUUGCGGCAAAUACGCCACUCAAAGUGAUGAUUCUAUGGAAAAGUUGGUCGUAGAAGCGAUAAAACAUGAUCCUUUGUGCAUGUGGGAAAAGGAGAACAGAGAACGUGCCCAGAAAACAAUUCUGACCGCGACAAACAUAAUUUCUCCAUGCAUCGCAUCUUCGUUUGCUGAUGGAUAUACCUGGUACAAUGUUGAUACUUUGCCGUAA